AUGCAUUCCCUGGUCCACCCAAGAUAUGCAUAAUGUAAUAACCAAUCUCCCUGAUUUGCAGAAUGGAGCAAGCCACUGGAUCAGGGUGCUGGAGGAGGAGACGACAGGCCGGAUCCUGGCUGUGGGGGACCUGAAGGCUCUCCUGGGAAAGGUUGUGGGGAUGGAAACAAUGCUGGACAUAUUUGAGCAGGCUGGCUUUGACAGAAACCAUGCGCAGUCUCCAGCAGUGGAUGGUGGGCCGUUUGAUAACGUGUGUGGGAUUGUUUGGACUGCUCUGCGAGCCCUGUAUCCCGCACGACCGGACAUGACGGCCUUAACGGGACCGCCGUUAAAAGACAAUGAACUACCGGCAACAUACAUCCACAUGCAGUUGCGCAGAUGGAGAUCGUUAACUGAAAGGGACGUACAGGCAGAUCCCAUAAUGACCACCCUCUUCCGCAAAGCCAUCCAGGAGGGGAUGUCACCGGAAUUGGGGCGCCGCCUCGAUGAGGUGGUGGGACUGAACACCAUGACACACAGAGAGUUUGUGGAUCACGUGGUGCACGCUGUGGACAGGCAGCGGAAAGAAGGGAAAAAGCUGGAAGAUCGAACAAAAGACAUUCAAAGGAAGCUACUGCAGUUGCAGCUGGAGGAGCUGAGAGCCAAAGAAAAAAGGCGAGAAAUAACGGAGCUGAGAGCCAAAGAAAAAGAGGUGAAAAAAGUGGCAUCGGUGAAAAUACAGAAUAUGGACAAUGAAUUCUUUGACUUUGAAGCCACUCCCCUGCCUGAACCACGGAGCAGCCGGAUGGUGCCCCAGCCGACGGUGGUCUACGACUUCUCCGGCAUCCCUCACCCAGUGGCCAUGCAAGAUACAAAAGAACAGUACAUAAGGGGGGCAAAAGGGGGGACACAAGGUGUCCAGGAAGAAGCUGCAGCUCUGCUCUCAGAAGAUGGGGAGAGCGGAGGGACUGCGGGCGCUGACACCAGCCCAGGGAGCAACAGCACCAACAGUGCCCCUGCGGGUCCAGUACCAGAAUCGCAGGUCGGCUUUCCAGGGGAGUGACGCGCAGACCGCGUACUCUGGAUGGGAAGAUAUACCAGGAACCUACCACCUAUGAGGACUGCAGCAACACAUCGUGCUACGAAUCAACGUGUUAAGAAAUUGUGUAUAAUAACUUUGUUGGGUCAUUUAGAAUAAUAUAUACAGCUUUGAUAUGUAUAAUCAAUUUUUUGCGACUAGAGAGAGUGUUGGAGGAACCAUGGGAACAACGUUACAUUGAGGAAUCUGAUACAUUUGGAUGCUGCUAUGGCAGCAGGGGAUGCGCAGGCACCCAACAUAAUAUACAGGGGUGGUGCACACCCGACACUGUCUGACGCUGAGAAUAAGAACACAGCGAGGGGUGUUUUUCGGGGCCAUGAGGUUUGACCCCGAAAGGGGGAAUGUAGGAGAAUUUUGAGACUCCCCAUGAGUGUGAUGAAGUCACAUGUUAAAGUUAAAGGUAUUCCCAUCAAUGUUGAUCAGACUGUUUCCUCCAAACUCUCAAUGCUUCAUGAUAAAAAUUAUAUACACUCAUAUAUCACAUGUAUAACUAUAUACUAAUAUAAUCAAUAUGUAAUCCAAUAACUCUAUAUCAGUAGUUGCAGCAAAGCUUAUGGUAACGCAAGAAACCACAGUAUCCACUGUAGAAAAAAGGCAAACGCAGAAGGCUUAAGAAAAAUCAUACUUACUCAGCAGAAAAUUAGUGCCAACUAGAUAUGCUAGAAAACUAAUACUUUACAGUGACCCAUGUGUAACCUGAAUAAAGUAAAAAAGGUACAGGAGGCUAUAUCUCUAUGAACUUGUAUGUGUAAAUGGAAAAAUACAGAAAGCAAUGACGUGUAUGCACAGUGAAAAAGUACAGAGUAAGGGAAAAUUGGAAAAAUACAGACAGCAAUGACGUGGUGUAUGCGUAAAUGGGAAAGUACAAAGUAAGGGAAAAUUGGGGUACCUGUCCACUGAUGAAGAUUAAUUAAGAACAUCAAUAGACUAAUUAAAGACAUCAAUAGAACUAAAAAUCAGUUUUGGGGCACCUGUCCACUAUGAUAAGAAUAAAUAGAACAUCAUAAGGACCGAAAAUCAUCUUUAUGCCAAAAAGGUCAAGUUGACCCACGAACAGGAAAGUGAAACUCCUUGCUGUGCCAGAAAAGACCAGAGGGCUGAUAUUUUUAGAAAUGUGUUAAAGGGGGGUUGUGGGCACAAAUUGUGUAUAAAAUGUAUGCAAAACUGACAAUCGAGGUUCAAUUCCCCUGAAUUGAUCCGGCUUUGUGCACCUGUGCAAUAAAGUCUAAACUUUCUGAA